GGAGACAUUCUUUCUUUCACGUGAUGCAGCCUGUAACUUUUAUGAAACUUACAUACUCUUCAUUAUGGCUCACCAUUAUCUUCUUCUCUCUUACUUUUUUUGGUGAUCAUGGUGGAGCUAGGGUGACAUUGCCACAAAAUGUAGUAGUGCCAGCAGUUAUAGCCUUCGGGGACUCGAUUGUGGAUCAAGGAGCCAACAAUAAUCUAAACACUUUGAUUAAAGCAAAUUUUUCUCCCUAUGGAAAGGAUUUUGUCGGUGGAAAACCAACCGGAAGAUUUACGAAUAAUAGGACCCCAGCAGAUAUGAUUGCUGAAGAACUAGGAGUAAAAGAAAUUUUACCCGCAUUCGAUGAUCUAUCUCUUAAUGAUAAAGAGCUUCUAAGUGGUUUAAGUUUUGCUUCCGGUGGCUCAGGAUAUGAUCCCGAAACUCCCAAGUUAGUGGGGGUUUUGUCUAUGGCAGACCAAUUAAACAAUUUCAAAGGAUAUAUUGAGAAGCUCAAAGGUAUUGUGGGGGAAGAAAGAACUCGAUUUAUAUUGGCAAAUAGUUUGUUCAUAGUGGUUGCAAGUAGCAACGAUCUUGCUAAUACUUACUUCACACUCGGUGUAAGGAAAUUGCAUUAUGAUAUAUCCUCUUACACGGAUUUGAUGGUAUCAUCGGCUUCUAACUUCAUACAGGAUAUAUACAACCUUGGAUCUAGAAGAAUUGCAGUCUUUGGUGCACCUCCAUUAGGGUGCUUGCCAGCACAAAGAACACUUAAUGGUGGUGACCUUAGAGUUUGUGCAGAAGAUCAAAACAAUGCAGCACAAUUAUACAACAACAAGUUACAACCAGAAGUUGAGUAUCUCAAUAGAACUCAUCUAGAAUCCAGGAUUGUCUACAUCGACAUAUACAACCCCUUGCUUGAUAUUAUGCAACACCCUGGUCAAUAUGGACUAGAAGUUGUGGAUAAAGGUUGUUGUGGCACUGGAAACUUAGAGGCUGCUAUUUUAUGCAAUCGGUUCCUCCCAACAUGUGUUGAUCCUUCAAAAUACCUAUUUUGGGAUAGUUAUCAUCCAACCGACAAAGGAUACAACAUCCUCAUGAAUCAAGUGGUAGGAAAAUAUGUUAAUGAUUUCUUUUAAGUUUAUAUGGAGGUAUUAAUAAAAGUUUGCAUGCAUUGUAAAACUUAGUGGACGAGCUUCCUUCUUGAUUUACCAAUUUCCAUAUAAUCAUCAUAUUCUUCAAUAGACUCAU